AUGAGCGUCGCGGACAACUUUACCGACUUCUACUCCGGCACGUCGUUCGUCUUUCGGAUGGCGGUGGACGAGUACAACAGUGAGCGCAACUGGACCGGCCUCAUCGAUCGCUACUGGUUGAUCGUGGAGGAACUGAUCGCUGAUCCCCGAGCGAAACAGCUUCCCUUCAUGGACAAUCCACUGCCAACGCUAGGCAUGAUCAUCUGCUACCUCCUGUGGGUUCUCCUGAUCGGUCCGAUGUACAUGCGCGACCGGAAGCCGAUGGACUUGCGACGAGUGAUCAUCUUCUACAACCUGUUUCAGGUGCUCCUCAGUGGUUACAUGUUCUACGAGCAUCUGAUGGCCGGUUGGGUGAGGGGUUACAGUCUAACAUGCCAAACGGUAGACUACAGCGAUAGUCCCUUGUCGAGAAGAAUGUUCAACCUUUGCUACGUGUACUAUCUCUCGAAGCUGUCCGAGUUUGCCGACACGGUGUUCUUCGUGCUCCGCAAGAAGCAGUCACAAAUUACCGACCUGCACGUCUAUCACCAUUCGCUGACACCGAUGGAGGCGUGGAUACUGACAAAGUUCAUUGCCGGUGGUAACGCGACGCUGCCGAACGUGAUUAACAACUUCGUCCAUGUGCUAAUGUACUUCUACUACAUGCUGUCGGCGAUGGGAUAUAAAAUCUGGUGGAAAAAAUACAUGACAGAAGUUCAAAUUAUUCAAUUUAUUAUCUGUAUCGCGCACUGUAUCAAUGCCCUCGCCACCGGUUGCCCAUUCCCGCGAUUCAUCACCACCCUGCUGCUCAUCAACGCAACCAUCUUUUUGGCGCUGUUCAUGAACUUCUACAUCGAAAGCUACAAGCGUAAAGCGAAAUCCGCGGCCGGUAAGGUCAGCACGAACGCUACAUCAGCGAUCGAACCGAUGAAGGAUGUUUCCGGCGUCCAGGAGCUUCCAACGGGGGAGUCAUCCGACGCAGUAACGGUGCUAGUCAUUCCCCAACCUGAAACACACAACACUCAGUCACUUAAAGACGACCCUGAAGUCGCCCGAUCGGAAGACAUCAACAACAACAGUAGCAGCCGACCAGCACUGGAGUCCGAGAAGGUACCCAUGGAGGAGUCAUCGGUGGAAAAGAAGCACGAAAGCGAGCUGGAUUGCGAAGGAAGUACCGUCGAGGAGGUAACCAUGGAGACGACGAAACAGCAGCAGGACGCUACUGGACUGAGGCAACGGUUAGUGACGGAGGCCGCCGACGAGACUCGAACGGGGUCAACGAAAAUGGUGGAACUUGCGAGCGGUUGAGUAUGCCCUACACACACCUAAUGGAGGGAUGAAAAGGAAAAUCCUGUGUACGUGUGUCCGUGUGUGUGUGUGCGUGUGUAAGUGUGUGAAUGUGUGUGAAGUUAUGUAUGGUUGAGUCGCAUUUCUUUUUCUUUUUAAACAAAAAACACACACAAACACACUUCGAAAUAGUCCGAGCUAGAUGAUAGAUCACUCAGUUUAGUCAGUCAGUGGGUGUCGCGGGGGCCCUUCCCAGGUUUGGGGGAGGUUGUCGUGUACCGUAGGGAAGAGAGCGAAUCGAAACCUUUUUAGCAGUGUAAAGAAUAGCGUGCAGAAAAGAAAAUCUGUAUCGAACAGGGCGGGCCAGGUGCUGGACUGCAGUGUCCUUGCGCUAGCUCGCGGUACGGUACGCGGAAGAGCUUUAGCAUUAAGUCAACAAUGUGUGAGUGAGAGAGAAACAAAAACAAAACAAAAAACAAGACACAAAAUGCAGUAACACAUCCUAACGAAACCCGUGUCACGUUCUUGUACUGGUGUUUCGGUUUUUGGGACCCAA